UCCUGUUCUUCGCUACUCCUUUUCACAUCAUGAGGAGAAACCAGCUGCCAGGGGCAGUCUUGCUCCUGCUUUCUCUGCUCCUUCUCAGAGAUGCUGUAGACACUGCAGAACCACACUAUGUGGUGCUGGUCCCAUCCCAGCUCUAUUCUGGGGUCACUGAGAAGGCCUGUGUUAUGCUGAAAGACCUCAAUGAAACUGUGACUGUGACCAUGACUAUAGAAUUUGGAGGACAAAGCUGGAACCUGCUCAGCAAGCCUGUGGCAGAAAAGGCCUCCUUCUUCUGCCACCCCUUCUCUCUUCCAGAGCUCUCCACCCACAUGGCAUACAUUACUGUGCAGGUGAAGGGGCCGACCCAACAGUUCAGAAAGAAGCAAAUAAUGGGCAUCAAAAAAAUAGAAAGCCUCGUCUUUGUUCAUACAGACAAACCCGUCUACAAACCAGCACAAACAGUGAGAUUCCGCAUUGUUUCUGUGAAUAUCAAUUUUUACCCUUUGGAUGAAAUGUUCCCUGUGGUUUAUAUUGAGAACCCCAAGAAGAACAGAAUUUUCCAGUGGCAAAAUAUCAGAUUGCAAGGGGGGCUCACCCAGCUCUCCUUCCCACUCUCAGAGGAGCCCAUUCUAGGUCCUUACAAGGUCAUUGUACAAAAGAAUCUGGAAAAAAAAAUAGAGCACCCCUUCGAGGUAAUAGAAUAUGUUUUGCCCAGAUUUGAGGUUCAAGUGAAAUUACCUAACACAAUUCGUUUCCUAGAUGAAGAAUUUGAAGUAUCUGUCUGUGGCCAAUACACAUAUGGAAAGCCUGUCCCUGGUCUGGUGACUAUCAAUGUAUGCAGAAGAGAUUCGCAAUACUAUUCGCCCUGUCCAGGUACACAUUCAAGAGUUAUCUGCGAUGAAUUCAGUCAGCAGGCAGAUAGUAAAGGCUGUUUCACAAAACUUAUAAAAACGAAAAAUUUUCACCUGGGAUUGAAAGGGCUAGAGAUGGCAUUACAAGUGGAAGGCACAAUCAAAGAGGAGGGAACAGAUUUGGAAUUAACUGGGCACGGAAAAUGUGAAAUCACAAAUCUCUUCAGCAGACUUGAGUUCAUAAAAGUGGAUUCAUAUUACAAACCUGGACUUCCUUUCUUUGGGGAGGUUCUUCUUGUGGAUGAGAAGGGUCAAGCAAUCCCCAAUAAAACCCUAACUGCCCAUGUGAAUGAUGCAUACCAAUUCAAGCAAUUCAAGUACACUACAAAUGAACAUGGUUCAGUGAGGAUAUCCAUCGAUACCACCAACUUCAAGUCUUCUUAUCUUACAGUUGUAGUCACUUACAAACCAGCUCGUUCUUGUCAUGAUAUGAUGUGGCUUCAAGAAUUGCAUUCACAAGUGCAUCACAAUGCAAAGCGUCUUUUCUCCCCAAGCAGCAGUUACAUCCACCUCGAGCCUUUUGGUGGUGUUUUGACCUGUGGACAAAUGCACAAGGUUAACAUGCACUAUAUCCUGAAUGAAGAGAUGCCGGAGAAACAGACAGAGUUAAUUUUCUAUUCUUUGAUCAAAGCAAAAGGAAUCAUCGUUCAGGCAGCAACUGCUUCAGUGCCCGUUGGACAAGGAAACAUGAAAGGCAUGUUGCCCCUCUCCUUUAAAGUGGAAUCAGACAUUGCUCCCACUGCUCAGAUGAUUGUCUAUACUGUGUUACCAAAGGGAGAAGUUGUUGCAGAUAUACAAGAAUUCAAGAUUGAAAAUUGCUUUGCCAACAAGGUAAAUUUAAGCUUCUCUUCAGCCCAGAGCAUGCCAGCUUCAAACACCUACCUGAAGGUUAAAGGCUCACCCCUCUCCCUCUGUGGCCUCCAUGCAGUGGACCAGAGUCUGAUGUUAAUGAGAGGAGGAGUUGCGUUCUCACCUCAAUCAGUCUAUCGAUUGCUACCCUCAAAGAAUGACCUACCUAGAACAUAUGGAGAAUUAAGCCAGGAAGACAGUGAAGAAUGCAUCCCUAGGGGUCCCAUAGGCAUAUAUGACAUGAAUGCAGCAAGCCGGGUUCUGGAGGAUGACGAUAUCUACAGCAUCUUCCAGGUUUCAGGAGUACAUAUUUUUACCAACUCAAAUAUCCGAAAGCCUCGCCUGUGUGGGUUUUCACUGCAUCAAGGCUAUGGACCAGGUGGUAUGCUCUUCAACGGAGGAUUGGGAGCCUUUCCAAGUGGAAUAGGAGCCAUUCCAGGUGGAAUGGGAGCCAUUCCAGGUGUAGGAGUGGGAGCCAUUCCAGGUGUAGGAGUGGGAGCCAUUCCAGGUGUAGGAAUGGGAGCCAUUGCAGGAAUGGGACCAGUUGGAGCAGCAGGAGUUGGGUAUGCAGGCGGGAUGUCUUAUCCUCCACCAGCAGUUCCUCCAGCAAUGCCAAUAGAAGAUGUCCAGACUGCUCACAUAAGAGAAAUGGUCCGGAAGUAUUUCCCUGAGAGCUGGAUCUGGGACUUGGUCGUACUUGAUGUAUCAGGCAGAAGUGAGAUGGCAGUGAAAGUCCCAGACACCAUCACAGAAUGGAAGGCCAGUGCAUUCUGCUUGUCCGGGACAGAAGGGCUUGGCUUCUCGCCUACCAUCUCUCUCCAAGUCUUCCAGCCUUUCUUCCUGGAAUUCGUGCUCCCCUACUCUGUGGUACAAGGAGAAGCCUUCAAACUCAAGGCUACCAUAGUCAACUAUUUGUCCCACUGCAUACGGGUCAGAGUGCAGCUGGAGGAGUCUUCUGCCUUCUUAGCCAUCCCAGGAGAGAAGAAUGCAGAAUCUCACUGCAUCUGUGGACAUGAGAGGAAAACUGUGUUCUGGGCUGUGACCCCAAAGUCACUGGGGAAGGUAAAUUUCACCGCAUCUGCAGAAGCCCUCCAGUCUCGGGAAUUGUGUGGCAAUGAGGAGCCUAAGAUGCCAUCGUUUGGACAGAAGGAUACGGUGGUCAAGCCCUUGUUAAUUGAGCCUGAAGGAAUAGAAAAAGAAGAAACUUUCAACACACUGCUCUGUGCAUCAGCUACUGGAGUUCCUGAGAAAUUAUCCCUAAAAAUUCCUUCAAAUGUGGUUGAAGGAUCAACCAGGGCAACAUAUACAGUUUUGGGUGACAUACUCGGUUCUGCGAUGGAAAAUCUGCAGAAUCUUGUCCAGCUGCCCUAUGGUUGCGGAGAGCAAAAUAUGAUCCUCUUUACCCCUAAUAUCUAUGUUCUGGCCUAUCUGAGUGAGACAGGACAGCUGACAGAGAAGAUCAAGUCAAAAGCCAUCAACUAUCUCACUAGUGGGUACCAAAGGCAGCUGAAUUAUAAGCACAAUGAUGGCUCAUACAGUACCUUUGGGGAUCACGGUGGUAGAACACCAGGAAACACAUGGCUCACUGCAUUUGUGGUCAAAUCCUUUUCUCAAGCCCAGUCGUACAUCUUUGUGGAGAGUUCCCAUAUCAUAAUUGCCUUCACCUGGCUUUCACAGAGGCAAAAGGAAAAUGGUUGUUUCCAAUGCUCUGGAUCUCUGCUAAAUAAUGCUAUGAAGGGCGGAGUAGACGACGAGGUGACACUCUCUGCCUACGUCACCAUUGCUCUGCUGGAGAUGCCACUACCCGUCAGUCACCCAGUUGUCCGAAAUGCUCUAAACUGUCUGGAAAUGGCCUGGAAAUCCACUUCAGAGGCCCAAGGGAAUUUUGUCUAUACAAAGGCUUUACUGGCCUAUGCCUUUGCCCUAGCAGGACACCAGGCCAGCCGGAAUGAGGUGCUUAAAUCACUUGACAGAGAGGCUAUAAAAGAAGAGGAUUCAAUCCACUGGCAACGUCCAAGGAAACUUCAAGAAGAUAGCACACUCUUUUAUCAACCCCGAGCUCCCUCUGUGGAAGUGGAGAUGGCAGCCUACAUACUCCUGGCCUAUCUUACUGCCCAGCCUGCCCCAUCUUCAGCUGACCUAUCCAUGGCGUCACGCAUUGUGAAGUGGAUCAUCAAGCAGCAAAAUCCCCAUGGAGGUUUCUCAUCCACUCAGGAUACAGUAGUGGCUCUCCAAGCCCUCGCCAAGUAUGGAGCCCGGAUCUUUGCUACAAGUCAGAAAGCAGCUAUAGUCUCAGUCAAGUCUUCAGGAGCCUUCUCUAAAGAAUUUCAAGUAAAUGAAGCCAACCGCCUAUUGCUGCAGGAGGUCCAGCUGCCUGAGAUUCCAGGAGAAUAUAGCACAACCAUUUCAGGAAGAGGGUGUGUGUACCUCCAGACAACCCUGAGAUAUAAUAUCUUGCCUAAGAAGGAACAGAAAGCUCCCUUCAGCCUGAGUGUUAAUACUCUGCCCAAGGACUGUGAUGGAGCAGCUGCUCACAAGAAAUUCCAGAUUGACCUCAACAUUAGUUAUACUGGGGAGCGACCUAGAUCCAACAUGGUCAUUGUUGACGUAAAGAUGGUAUCAGGCUUCAUACCUGUGAAAAAAUCAGUGAAAAAGCUCCAAGAAAGACCUGAGAUUCCAAGGACUGAAGUGAGCACCAAUCACGUCUUGAUUUACUUUAAAGAGCUAACCAAUCAAACCCUGAGUUUCUCCUUCUCAGUGGAACAAGAUAUCAAAAUAAAGAAUUUAAAACCAGCUGCAGUCAAAAUCUAUGAUUAUUAUGAGACAGAUGAAUUUGCCAUUGAAGAGUACAGUGCCCCUUGUAGUUCUGAAUCGGAACAAGGAAAUGCUUGAGGAGUGGAAAUGUAUGUACCUCAUCAGAUGGACUUCGGCAGAAAUGAAGAUCUAUCAACAGAGAGGAGAAAGGAAGGAAGGAGUUCAUAGUACAUGUAUUGAAUAAAGUUAUAUUUACAAUGCUUUA